CAAACGUCAACAAUUACAGCAGUGAGUGGAAGAGAUCGGAGAUUUUCACGCUAUGUUAAUAGAGGAGCGCUUACUAACACUUUUCAAAAGGAACUGUCAACAUACGCUGACAUACUGGAGCGUGUUCUUCAGCUUUGGACUGAGCAUUGCUUUUCUGGGGCCUACCAUCCUGGAUCUGAAAUGCCGGACCGGCUCCACGCUGCAAGAGAUCACCUGGGUUUUCUUUGCCCAACAGCUCUGUCUACUUAUCGGCAGCUCCAGUGGAGGAGCUUUCACCAAAACGUUGUUCAGCGCUCUGCUCGCUCUCUUCCUCUCGUCCCUCAUCAUCUCUGUGGUUUUUUCCAUCAUCCCACUUUGCUAUAAUGUGCUGCUGCUGGCGAUAGCGAUGGCAGUGUCAGGUCUGGCCAUGGGCAUCAUCGACACCAUCGCAAACAUCCAACUGGUGUCCAUUUAUAAAAAGGACUCUCCUAUCUUUCUGCAGGCUCUGCACUUCUUCAUUGGUCUCGGUGCUCUAUUGAGUCCUCUGAUUGCAGAGCCUUUCAUAUCCGGCCACUGCCUGCGCAGUAAUAGCACAGAAAACGCCACCGAGAUAAUUCACCACUUCAGAUCCAGCUUCAGGUCACCUGUAAAUCUGCCCGAGAGUUCGCCGCUCUCAGGCCCGGUGGAGGAGAGGAACGUGUCCUACGCCUUCUGGAUCAUGGCUCUCAUUAAUCUGCCGGUGCCGAUUGCAGUUUUUGUGUUGAUGUAUCAAGAGAAGCUGCUGCCCUUUUGCCCAAACAGCAGCCCACGACUGCUAGACAAAGAUGAGCUGGCCAUGGAGACCAAAGCACCAGACAACACAGAAAUGGCUGAAUUAGAUGACGAAGUUUUUCUUCACUCUGGACAUGGAAACAUCUUCAGCUGCUGUACGGAUGGUGCUCUGCGUGGGUUACCCGUCACCUUCUUUCUCAUCCACAUUUUUGGUGGUAUGGUGCUGUUUAUGACAGAGGGCAUUAUGGGGGUCUAUGCAGGCUUUGUUUACACGUACGCUGUUUCACCUCCCAUGUCUCUGCAAUCUAAAAUGGCAGGAAACCUGAACUGUAUCUUCUGGGCAGCCAUCACUGCCGGACGACUGGUGUCAAUCCCGCUAUCAUACCGCUUUAAAACAGUACAUCUGCUCCUCACUAACCUGGCUGGUGUGAUUGUGACAUUGCUGCUGUUAAUGAUCCUCUACACAAACAGAGUGUUUCUGUUUGUUGGAACAACCUUUCUGGGGCUUUUCAUUAGCAGUGUUUUCCCCUGCUUAGUGGCCUACACUGAGGACAUUCUGGAAUACCGUGGAUGUGCAACAACGGUCUUAGUGACAUUGUCAGGGAUGGGUGAGAUGACGCUGCAGGUGCUGGCUGGAACACUUAUUCAGAAAAAAGGCAGUUACAGUUUUUUGGUGUGUGGUUUGGUCAUUGGAUGUCUCGGUUUCAUCUUCCUCCUGAGUGUGAUCCUGAGCAACCACUUCCACAGAAAAAUCACAGGAGCAUCUAAAAAAGCAGAAAUUACUGAUGGUCCAGCAGCUCCUGCUCCAGAGAAAACAGCACCAGAACACAAAACUGCUGUAAUACAGCCCGAAUGCAUUAAAUGUGACUUUGGAUUAGACCAUAAUGGGUCAAAACCUGCUGAAAAUACUUAACAGUAUGACUAAACUGUAAACGGUGAAUGUGUUUUUAUUAUAUUUGUGUAAACUAACAAAAGGUUUAAAAAAAACAUACACAGUGAUGCAAUAUAUUUUUAUGUAUUUCUGCAAAGUUUGGUAUUAAGUUGUGUUUUGUAAUUGUUUCUAGCAAAAAAAACCCUGACUGUUCAAUUCUAAACAUUUACUGAACUAGCAAAUGUUUAACAAUUACAAAAGUGGAAUGAUGUAAUUUAUAACAUUCAAUGGCUACAUAUUAUAAAUAAAGUUUUGUACUUUA